AAGUUUUACUUCUGCUUAGCUGAGGGGAACAGGCUGUCUCUAGCUCAGAGGGAAAGAGCAGAGAGACAGACUGUAAAAGAGAUAAAGAGUUACAGACAGAAAGUUACAGAGGCAGGAGCUUAGCCUGAGAAACAGACUGGAAAAGACACCUAAGAGUGUGACUGGGAAGCUGUCAGUGACAAACAGGAAAGAAGUAGCCUGACAGAGCCUGAGAGUUACUGUGCUAAAGCGAAAGAAGCUGUCACUGGCAGGCAGAUAGAAUUACUUGGAAACAGUGUGACUGUAGCAGUCACAGACUGACAAAGGGAAUCACUGAAAAAGUGAGUUAAAGACUCCUUGCACUAGGUAAGAAUGGCUCUUUUAUUAAAAAUAGAGAGAACACGGGGAUAGAUUAAAAAAGUGAAGGUGGUAUUUUAAGAAAAUGACACAGACAUAGUGAGUGAGGCAGACUGAGAAAGCAUACAGGAAGGGAGAGGCAAGAAGAGAGAGUACGACUGAGUCACCCACAAGGAGAGAGAGCGUUUCUUUCACCCAAGAUCAUGCUGGAGUGUACCAGAGACUGAUACUAAGAGACAGCCAUGACUUCAGUAUGGAAAAGACUGCAGCGGACUGGGAAGAGAGCAUCCCGCUUCCAAUUUGUGGCUUCUUACCAGGAACUAAUAUUAGAGUGCACCCAGAAAUGGCAGCCAGAUAAAGUGGUCGUUGUGUGGACUAGAAGAAACAGGAGAGUCUCCUCUAAGGCUCAUAGCUGGCAGCCUGGGAUCAGGAACCCGUUCCGUGGAUCUGUUGUUUGGCCUGUUCCUGAAAAUGUGGACAUCACAGCUACACUUUACAGAGACCCUCACUCCGAUCACUUUGAAGAGAAAGAAUGGACAUUCCAAGUUGAAGGGGAAUCUCGAGGCCACAAAAAGCUCCUUGCCGUGGCUCCUAUUGACCUGCGUAAGUUUGCAGCCAUCAGUUCUGCUCCUCGAGAGGUGAAGCUACCACUCACUCCACGUUCUGUCAAGGUUGUGUCGGCAUCACUCACCGUCACUAUUACCUGCAGUUUGCUGCGAGAAGGCAAAGCUACAGAUGAUGACAUGCAAAGUAUUGCCAGUCUCCUGAGUCUAAAGCCGUCAGACAUUGCAGACUUGGAUGACUUCAAUGAGGAAGAAGAGGAGGAAAAGUCUCAGAGACAGAAUCGCAGUUCUUUAGGAACAAUGCCUCGAGGUUAUCUAAAAAGCGUAGUGUCUGACUACUUGUCAGAGCCUGUACGGGAGCUGAACACUCUCACUGAGGAAGAAGAUGAAGCAUCUCUUUCUACAAAGACUACUCUUUCUUUUCCUAAUUCUUCACGACCUUCUUUUAUUUCUCCCCCACCUGUUCCACCAUUUCCUCCAAGGUUGAAUACUAAAGAAAAAUCUUACAAGCAUAUUCUUUUUACAGCCAAAAAUGAAAGCAUUAAACCCUUACAUCCUGACAAUCAAACCCAUCACAAUCAUAAUGGGAGAAAGCCAUCUAAAAAAUAUCUGGCACCAACUCCAGGAGUAGCUGCCACCGCAAGCCAAGAUCAAAGGUCUAACGAGGUAUGGAAGACUCGGGAGGUCAGCAUUGACCAUAAACCACUUCUCAAUGAGAAAGCCACGGAACAGAAUGAAUCAGCCCCCAGGGAUGGGUAUAGGGAGAGCAGGGAAAGUUUGCGGGAAGUAGGAUAUCUACAUUCUGAGACAGUGGACGUUCCACAGAUUGCAGCAAGAAAGAAGAGAGGUCUGGAAAAGGGCACUGUACAGUAUAGUGUAGCAGCAGCAGGAGAUGAAACACAGCUCAAGACAACUCAAACACCAGUUAUUCCAAAUAGAGCAAAGACAGACAAUAUAAAAGAGCAGGCCCAACAAGUACUGACAAAAGCAAUGGAAACAGCCCCUGAAAUUGUUCAGGCAUCAAAUAUCGGAUUUAGGACACAUGAUCUGCAGAAUACAGAGAUGGCACAAAAUAUAUAUUUAAGUAAAGCUGUAUCAUUCCCUGAGACAUUAACUAAGGUAGAGAAGAGAUCUGAUGAGACUGCAGGCCAGCCAGCAUCAAAACAUCUAGAGACAAAGGAAGAACAAGAAAACACAUGCAAGUCAGCUGACAGUAUGAUAAUGAUAUGUGACAUACACAAUUCACCAGAGGCAAACAAUUCAGAGGACAUAGCGAGAGCUUACGCAAGGGAUCAUAUUACACAGGAGGUAGUACAGGAACCAGCUCUCCCAGUGGAGGCAGUAAGUAAUGCAGAUGAGAAGGUAGAUACAACAGAUAUCAACAUACAUCUCAGAUCAACAAAUUUAGAUAUUCAGGAGACUGGAGCUAUUAUACAACUAAAAGUGCAAGACACAGAAGAAAGAUUGUUUGAGACAGAAAUUCUAAAUGAAUUUGCAGCAAAGGCAAAGCAAAAUGUACAGGAGAUGGAUAGUGUGCAAAGCACAGGGAAUGUCAUAGAACAAAGAGGUCAGGAGACAUCUGAGGAUAAAAGUGAGUUUAAGUCCUUGCAAGAGAAAAUAGCUCAGAGAGAUCAAGAAACAACUAAGACUGAGGAGACUAUGCAGUGGGAACAAAUAACACAUAAGACUGCAGAAAAAUGGGAAAAUACAGUGUGCGAACCAGAGAGGGGAGGAAAAAAUACUAUUUUGAUAGAUAAAAGACUGCAAGAUUCAGCAGUUACUAAAUAUGAGACAUUGCAAGACACCACUGCUACUACAGAUACACCAGUCAGUAGCAGAGGGGGAGAGAUAGACACCAAUAUUAAACUUACCAUAACGCACAAAGCACAAGCGGUACUAUGCCUACAAGAUCAGGAGGGGGCAGAAAAAAGAAAGGUUACAGUAGAUGAGACAGUUUCUGAGACAGAGCAUUCACAGAUUACAGCUGUGCAAGGGAAAGUCCAACAACCAAUUGCUGUAACCAAAAAAAUAGUGCAAGAAACAUCAGUAGACAAAAAUAAUAAAGUUAAAGAAGAAGAAACAAACAGUGGAAGGCAAGAUUCAGCGGCAAAAGCUGGGAACAAGGACAGAAGAAUCCAAGAGACUGCAGGCACAUCUGAAAAUAGAGUGAGUGAACCUGAAAUGGUAGAAGAGAAGACAGCAUUGAUCGAUGAUACUAUGCACAAAACAAAAUUUAUAGACAAGAGACUGCAAGACCCAACAGUGACUACAGAUGGCAGAGGACAGGAGAUAGACAGUGACAUUGCACAUGACAUAUUGCAAGAUAUAAAAGGAGAGGUUUGUGAGGGGGAAAGCAAAACAGAUGAGUAUAUAUAUAAGACUAAGAAACAGAAUGUAUUUGGGACAGAGGAUACACAGGGAUGUGGAAAUAAGGAAAACAAUGAAUUAUUUAGAACUGUGUUAGCAAGUGGAAUGCUUUGUGAGAGUGGAGUACAGGUAGGAGAGCAGGAAAGUAAUAUUAAUGAGGCACACAGCGCAAUAGUCAUAGGAGGGCAUGAUCUGGAUGACAUCAGUAAGGAAUUAGUACAGGAGGUGGGAGACAUUCAAGGAGUUAUUCCAGAGGUAAACAAGGUUAGUGAGCUAGAGAGAUUAGAAGGGAAAACAUUUUGGGAAGAUCAGGGACUGCAAGAAACACUGGACGAUAGACUUGCUGAGAAAUAUCAUUGGACAAAUGAGAGCUGGGAAGAAGCAGCUGGACCUAAAGAGGCUGUGGAUCAAGAUAUGGUGAAAAAGACACAUCUGUUUUCUAUUCAGAGGCUCAAUGAGGAAACUGGAGUUAGAAAAACAGCUGUUCUUGAAAAUACAGUGCAAGAGACACCUCUUUGGAUAAAUGAGCAACUGCUUGAGGAAGUCCAAAGACCCCAAGAUGCAGCGGAUAAAAAUGGGGUGAAUGAGACAAGCCUUUUGUCCACUGAGAAGUUGGAUGAGGAAGCAGUGACAAUUGGAAAGGCAGCAGAUGAAGAGCAUAAGGUUGAAAAUACAUAUCUUCUGACAAACAUGAAAUUGCCUGUGGAAGCAAUUAAAACUGAAAUUACAACAGAACCAACAGAUAGAAUGGAAGAGGCAAGUCUUUGGAAAACUGAGAGACUGCUUGAGAUAGUAGCUAAAGAGGUAGUGGAUCAAGACAAGGUGGAAGAGACAUGUCUUUGGAAAAUUGAGCAGCUUAAUGAUAAAAGAGAUACAAAUGGAAAGCCAGUAGAUCAAGAAGAAAUGUUGGUAAAUACGUAUAUUUGGAUAGACAAGGGAAUACUUGAAGAAGCAACUAUAACUAAAGAGACAGUUGAUCCAGGUAGUUUGAAAGAGACAAUGGACAGGCUGGAUGAAGAAGCAGCUAGAGUUGGAAAGCCAGUGGACCAAGAGAAUAGGGUGGAAGAGGCAAGCCUGUGGACAGCUGAAAAACUACCUGAGGAAGCAGCUCAUGUUGAAGGGUCAAUACAUGAAAAAUAUACAGUAGAAGAUAAUGCACAUGGGAUAAAUGAGGAAUGUCUGGUGAUGGCAGAUGUUUCUUUUAGAGCAGUAAAUACCAAUGAGGAAGAUAAGAAAGAGGCUUCAUUAAGGGUAAAUGAAGAACUAGUAAAAAACAUAGAUGGCUACCAACAUGAGUUGCAGGAAGUCAAGGAGGGAAGAGAUGAACCAAGCGAUGGAACAGAAGAGAGUGUGACUGGUGAAUUACAUGAAGUAGUGGAUAGAGGAGGAGAGUUGAUCAGGCUGAUAGAGUCAAAACCAAUACUUGAAUUGAGAAUAAAUAAGAAUGAGGUAGGUCAAGAUGCUACAUAUAUAUUAAAUGAUAGUGUACAGGACAAAUCAAGUGAGGAAGUGGAGAGAGCGCAGGCAAGAGAAAAUGUGCACGACUCAGCAAUAAAACCAGAAGAAAACACAUAUAAAGCAGAAAGAGUGUCAUCAGUAGCUUUGACUGAGAGAGCACAGGGAAAAUCAGAUUUGCAAGAAGGAGUGCCAUCAAGGGAAGAGAGAGCUCAGGAAGAGAAGAAGGAAAUAAUAACUUCUCUAUACACAACAACUGGCAUACACAAUACAGCACAUGAAAUAAGCAUAGCCCAGGAUACAGUACAUGUAGGAAAGACAGUGCAUGGGGAAGAUGUAAUGCAGGAACCCUCACUUAUAUCAGAACAGGAGAGUAAUGUGGCAGAACAAAUAGCAGAAACAGAACAAGGGCAUCUAGCCAUAACUGAAGAGAGAGCACACAAGGAAAAUGUAUGGCAAGGAGAGCUGGAUAUUAUAACAACUGAAGCAAACAAACUGCUAAUGAACACAAGUGUGCCAGAAAAUGGAGUGCAACAGGAAACGCAGAUGGUGGCUAAAGAACAAUUGCAGGGAGAGCCUGGAGGGGAAGAUAGUGAGAAUGUGCUGGAGAAGGUAGUGGAGCAAGAGGCAGCACUUGCCUCAGGGGACAGCAAACCUUUACACCAAGAGUUUGAUCUUCCUUUCUCCCACAGUGACACCACCCCCACCUACCCUUUAAAUAAUAGAUUAUCAGGGGCUAAACAUAUGUUAGCAGAGUGCAGUUUUCCUGUUCCCCUAUCUCAGGCCAUUGGACAACAGAAGAGUGCAGAAAAGAAGAGACUGAGCGAGAGCACAGGGCAAGUAGGGGAGGGAGCACUCAGCACGGACUCCCUUCUACGCUGGUGUCAGGAGGUCAUCUCAGGGUAUCGUGGUGUGCGUGUAAAUAACUUCACAACGUCCUGGAGGAAUGGACUGGCCUUUUGUGCUAUACUUCAUCACUUUCACCCUGAAAGCAUUAACUAUGAAGACUUGGACCCAUUAAAUGUAAAGGAAAAUAACAAAAAGGCAUAUGAUGGCUUUGCUGCACUUGGGAUACCACCACUUCUUUCUCCCUCAGAUAUGCUGCUUCGUUCUGUCCCAGACAAGCUCAUGAUCCUCACUUACCUCUGCCAAAUUCGAUCACACUUCACAAGCAAUCAGAAUGUUGAUAAUCCACCUGUAUCCUCUCAGGCUCCUGCUGUAGAUCUGCCUGUUGCUACUUCACUAAUAAUCGAGGGCUUGGCCCCUAUGGAAUUUAAUACCAAAAGGUCUGACUCUGAGGAACCCAUUGCUCCACACCCUCACAUUAGUGAAGGUUCUAAGAAACAAAGGUUUCCAGGUCCUGCCUCUGAUAAGAAUGGGGGGACAAGGUCUAUUUCUGAGUCACAUACAAUGUUACAUGCCACAAUAGAUGAAAAUAAGAUAAAGAAACAUAUACCUGAUGAAAGUCAGGUGCCACUCAGUUCAGAACAAAAGAAAAAAGCAGACCCAUCACCUGAGGCACAGAAUAAAGUGAAGGCCUCGUCUGAGAAACAGGAUCUGUCAAUAUCUGCUGCACACAGUUUACCAAGGUACUCUUCUGAGGAAAAGAGGGCAUCAGUACCUCAACCAGAAAAGGAAAACAUUACAAAUACUGAGGAACAGAAGACACCAAACUCUGCUGUCAAAGGGGUUGCCCCACCACCUCGCAUUAAAAAGAGACUAAGUGUUAAUGGAGGAUUAUUAGAUGUGAACCUGGAGGAGGGAGAUACCUCUGGUUCAUCAGGAUCUGUUCCAGUAGCUCCCCCUCGAAAGGCUGGAGGUCUAGGUCACCUACGUGAUGCUGACCUUGUGAAGAAAAGGCGUUCUCUAAUUCGUUCCCAGUCACUUUCUCAAGAAGAGGAGAUGGAUCUUGCACCAAAAAGUCAUGAGACAAGUUCAAGACCUUCCUCCCAAAUUAUCAAUGAACCACCAGCCUCUCCUGCCACAUCCUCUUUCUCCACUACAGUCCCCACAACAGAAACUCCAGUAAAAGAAGAGGAAAUUAUGGUUCUUAAAGAUGCCAGCCAGUAUGUGAUCUCUGAGCUCUCCGCUUUGGAGGACCAGCAGAAAGAGAUUGACUCAAGGGCAGCGACAGUAGAAAAGGAUCUUCGACUUCUAAUGGAAAAUGGUUCUGACAAGGAGGCAGAAGAGCUACUCAUCCAGGAAUGGUUUACAUUGGUGAAUAAAAAAAAUGCUUUAAUCCGCAGACAAGAUGAGCUGCAGCUGCUUGCAGAGGAGCAAGACCUGGAAAGGCGGUUUGAGCUGUUGAGCAGAGACCUGCGAGCACUACUCUGUACUGAUGAGUGUUUGAAAAGUGAAGCUCAGAAGAGAAGGGAGAAGCUUUUGCUUGAUGAGUUGGUUUCUCUUGUAGACCAACGUGAUGGUCUGGUUAGAGACCUACAUAUAAAGGAGAGAAAGGCUCUAGAGGAAGAUGAACUUAUCGAGAGAAGUCUUGAACAGAGGAGGAGAAAGCUGAGCAAAAAGGAGAAGUGUCAGAUCAGCUGAGGCUGUGGGAGCGAAUGAAUGAUAUGUUCAAGUAACAAUAUUGGCAGCAGAUUUCAGACAGAAGAUCAGCCACUUUCAUGCAAUGCUUAACACAAACGUUCUAUGUUAUGAAAGAAAACUUCACACCUUAUACAUAUAAGCAAAAGAGUUUCCAAACAUUUUUUAAUGCUGCACUAGGGCGAAGAAGGAGCCAUACUGCAAGAAGCUGAGAUGCAAUUAACGCACUAUCCACCUUCCUUGUUCCUUCUCACUUGCUGCUAGUGAUCUGGAGUAAUACGUAAUUGUGUGGAAAUUGUUUUAUAUACUUUGGGAGGUUUUUAUUCAUUUGUAUUAAUAAUUAUUAAUGUUAGUUUUGACGUGACCAUUGUAUAGUGUCUAAAAUAAUUAGCAGUAUUGACAGAUGAAUUCUCCCCAGUGAUCCUUAAGGAUAUACUACCAAAAAUUCAGUUCAGUUCCAAGGAGUGGAUUGUAGUCCUCUGUAUUUUUAAGGUUCAGAGCUUUGAGGAACCAAAUUGCCUUACAUGGUGUUACUGUACCAUCGCAUUAUAUGAUAAUGAAUUAAACACAUAGCUGCCACAUCGCUUUGGAGGAAAUUUAAUUAAUAUAGAAUUGCACAAUGAGAAACACGCAGGAACCUUUUUUUGUUUGUUCUAAAAGUGACAAGUAUGAUGGGUCGGUAUCCGGACUCCAGGUCGACAACAAAAAGGUCGACACACC